GUGAGGGAAACCAGCCAGGAAGUGGAGUGAACAAUAUUUAAAAACCAAUGAAAGCCAGAGCGGCGCUUCUCUCUUACUAUUUUCUGCCUGCGAAACAGCUGUUUCGUCCCUACCUAGCUAGCUAGCUAGCCUGUCAUCUCUCUCAUGUGCACCCUCUCUAUGUCGCCUGGCUCUCUGCGCCGAAGCGAGUGUACAUAACCUCAAUAUCCUUACUGCGCUGCUUCUCUCUAUGUUGCGGUAGGUAGGCAGAGGACGACGCUGCCGCUGUCAACGCUGGCUGCAAUCUGCCCCUCUCUGUCGCACACCCAACACAACACCCACAUAAACACUGUUGAAGUGCAACGCGAGGAACCAGAACCAGAAGAGAACGAGAACCAGAACCAGAACCAGGACCAUCCGAGGCAGAAGCAGAAGCAGAAGCACGACGUACUCGUUGAUGCCGUUGCAGCAGCUGCUGCUGCGACGCGAACGCCAACGCCGACGCCAAGGACGAUAGCAGCAGCAGCAACAAUCAGCAACAUCAGCGCCCUGUGUGCACGGACAAUAAUAUGAGGAGUGGCAGUUCGGAAUUACUACUCGAGCAGCAACAACAAGAGCUACGGUUACGUAAAAUCCGAGAACUGGCUCCAAAAAAGAAAAAUGGCAAUCGGCGCUUUCGCUCGUGGCGGGAACGUGCGCGUUUCUACGGCACCUCGACUCUGGCCUUCUUCUCGGUGACCGCCGGUGCCUCGCUGCUCUUCCUGGUGCCGCUCUACGUGGACCCGGCCAUCUCCACGCUGAGCCACGACUUCAUCGAGAAUCCCACGCUCUGCACGACCACGCGCCGCGAGGAUCUGGUGGGCAUCUUCAACUGCUCCUGGAGCUCCUGUCGCGAGGGCUGCACCUCUGACCUCUACCGCUGCGUGCAUAUCUACGUGACGUUCAUAGAGCAGAACAUAACCAUUCCGGAGAACAUGACCGACUUUAGCAACUACACGGCCGACUGGGAGCAGUCCGGGGAGGCCACUCUGCUAGUGAACAUCAAGGGCUGCGGCUACCCGCCCACGGUCACGUGCAAAACGUUCAACGACUACUACGGCGCCGACGGCGCCAUCUAUCCGUGCUUCUACUCGCGGAAGAACAAGACCGUAGUGCUCACGUCCUACAGUCACGACGAUCAGGUGGCCAUGAUUAUCAAUUUUUUUGCGGUGCCCUUUGUGAUAACGGUCGUCUCAUCCAUCGCCCUGUGCAUCAUGCACUGCGACUGCCGCUGCAAAAAGGAUCGCAGCCAUCGACGCAAUCGUCCGCAGUGCCGAAGGCCGCGCAUUGAGAAUCUCAGUGACACUUCGAUAUCUACGCGAGUGGACAUGCUCACGCCUGCUAUUGAAGUCUACAAGCCGCCGCUCUGACAUAAGGACGACACUGUGGAGAGCAAUUUAGGGAAUCCAUCAACGAGUAGCGACUUCUAGCAGAACCUAAUACAGAACACCUGCGGAACCAGCUACGGAUAAUCCCUUUGUUCUUCCAACAUAGUGUCAAUCCCAAUCGAAAUCCGAACAGAAAAGAGUGGAGUGGAGUGGAGUGGAGUAGAUGGCGGCCAAAGGAACAACAGCACUAGAGAGCCACGGCGCCUGGCCCGAAACUAUCAGAGGUUUUUAGUGCAACUAGGAGAACAUAAAUGAAUCAGAUGAACGCGAAACACACACAGAAAUUCAUAAUUGAUCCAACUGAAUAAUUCCUAAGAUUGAUUAAAUUUAGUUACUUUUUAGCAUACGAGUAAAUGAUUUUUAAACCAAGCCGACAAAACGGGGAGAGAGAGAAACCAAACCAAAGCAAACCAAACCAAGUGGCAACCAAGUGGUUAUGGUCGUAUGUAUCGGUAUCGGAAAUAAAACAGAAAACCUAUUGGUAAGCCAUGGGCAUGAGUGGCAUACAGACAGACAGACAUACAUACAUAUAUGUACGAGUAUUUGUAUUGUGUGUACGAAUUGAAAGAUGCGAAUUAGGCAAUGUGUAAAUUUAGUUAAAACCGAAAUCAUUAUGGAUAUAAAACAAUGGCAAACAGAGGAAACCAGACCUAAACAAAAACCAAAUGCAAUGAAUAAUUUUUGUACCGCUGAAUGAGAAACAAAACAAAAACGAAAACCAGAUUAUUAAUAUAAGUGUACAAUUUUGCAUAGGUAAUGAAUAAGUUUGUAUUGCAUUAGUAAUAAUAAAUACAAAAAAUACAACAAAAUGUUCAGCUUGUCACGGGAAAAGCAACCAAAAUUCACUAUAAAUGCAAAGCGAGAAAAACAAACAAAAUGUAAUUGGAAAUUCAGAUGGAAAAUUGGCAAGGAAAUUCUGCCAGCGGCAAACAGUUUACGCUUCGGUUAAAUGCUCCACACAGAAAUAGACACGCCAUGCCUCAGUUAUACAUAUAUUUAGGAGAUCCGCCCACAAAUUAACACAUUCAGCGUUUUAGGGAUCUUUGUUGUAGAAUUUUGAAUUAGGUUCGUCUUAGACGAAUGUCCUUCACAAAGUGCCCCAAGUUGAGAGAAUUUGGUCAAAUUGUUAUUCAGUUCGUUAUUAUUAAAAUACAAAGGAAUUAUUUGGAGUCCCAUGUUUGUGAAAGGAAGCGAAAAUGUUUAGCGAUUAAUUGAAUAAUGCAAGUUUUUUGACUGUGAUCAUUUAAAUGAUAUGUAAAGAGAUAUGAUAUUAUUGUGUGUUGUUGAGGGCAACCAAAAUUUUGAAAAGCAAUUUACUUCUCACUCUUGAUUCAAUCAUCCAUCAAUCAAUCAAUCAAUCAGUAAGCUAGCACGCCAGACCACACAACGCAAGAGAUUUCCACGUUUCCGCAUCAGAAUCUAUGCAUAAUGUAGGUAGUUCUAUCACGGUAAUCACAAUUAUUAGAAACACAUACAUAGAAUUGUGUAUCCGGUUUAUUAUUAUUGUUAUCUUUGGUUUCGAGGCUGAUCGCACACUCACACAAAUUUGUGCUUGACAAUAUUUAAUUUCUAAAAGGAAAAGAAAGAGAAACUUUCGAUUUGACCUUGCAAUCUCAAUCACUCCAUCACUACGAAUCGCUGCGCCCAAUUUGUAACUACAUAAAA